CCGGAAGAAGCUGAGGCCUGGAUGCGACGCAGAUAACAUUUCAAAGAGGGAUGUGGUUUUUGCUCGGCGAGAGUUUGGGCGUCCGGCUCGGAGGAAGUCUCUCGCUUGCUUCGAACGAGAAGGAGCGGCUGCCGAUCAGAGCCCUGCCUCCGUGUCGGCCCCCCUGGAGAGAUGUCACACCCGAGGGCCCUUUGGAGAGGAAAGGGCCCCCCCAGGCAGCCGUGGCUGGUGGCCGUGGCCCUGUGGUUCGCCGUGGCGUGGGGGUCAGGCGGUGACGAUGGAGCCCCCCGAAAUCUGAACUGCUUGAAGGCCUGCUGCUGCGGGACACCAGAGUGUCGCCCCAAGUGCAGCUGGGAGGCCGGGGGCCGCAUGGGGGCCAGCUACGCCCUCCAUCUUUGGUACCCUGACCACCCGCCUGGCGAAAGGCACGCCGCUUUCGAGACCGGGAACGCAACCUCCCUGUUUCUGAAACGGGAGCACGUCUACAUGGAGGUGAAGGUCACCGUCUGGGUGGAGAGCCGGGUUGGCGAAGGCCUUCCUCCUCUGCGGUCGAAUAACCUCACCCUGGUGAUCAACCAAGCCGUCAGGCUCGAAGCACCCACAAAAAUCAAAUUUUCAAGGUCAAGAGGCCACAUGACCCUAAAGUGGAACGAAACCCACAACUGCUGCGCUUCCUCCCGGGAGAAUCAAGUCAGGAUGCGGACAGCAGCGCACGCCAACUGGACCGUGGGGAACUGCAAAACUCAGAAGGAGCACAAAGUCAGGGAAACCAUCGCAGUCAGGUGCCCCGUGGAAGGGAACGCUCCGUACGAAGUGCAAGUCCGAUAUCGGACCUCCAGCCCUUACAGCGACUGGAGCGACUGGAGCCCGUCUGUCUUCGUUCCGGCCGAACUCCUCAAGAGCCCAAAACUCAGUUGCAGCGCAGAGCCUCUUGGGGAAAACGGCCGGAGGAAGGUGACCCUGGAAUGGGAGAAGCCCAGCCGGGAACAAGGGGAGGUGAGCUACGACUUGACGUUUGCCCUGCUUCCCUGCUUCUGCCUGGACGAACCGGAGACCAUAUUUGAGAAGAUAAACGCGACUUCCUUCCAAACCUUUCUGUUGGGGGCCGAGUACAACAUCUCCCUGCAAGCCGACAAUGGGGCCAGCCGGUCCCCGGCCUCCUUUUGCAGGCUCCCAGCGGAGCAAGACGCAGUAGGUCCCACAUUCCAGGGGGUCAUCCAGUCUGGCAGGAACUUCUCAGUGACUUGGGGGACGAAGCACGAGGUCAUCUGCUUCGAAAAGGACCCAGGAAGGUCCUGCGAGGACGACGACAUUCAAGAGGUCAACGAGACCAGCUGGUCAGGGGUCCUGGAGUCCGACGUCUGCACCCGCUUGGCGGUCCACGGAUGGGACCCGGACGAAAACACCUGGUCGACGCUGGGCCUCGUGCGCCUCUUCCACAGAAGCGAGCCUUCCGAAGACCCCGUGCGCCCAGAUGUGGCCAUGCCAACGCCCACCUCCGCCGACAUCCGCUGGCACCCCCCUGCCCUCCUCGCCGGCUGCCCCGGUGUGUUCCAGAAAUACGUCCUCUGCUGGCACGACGAGCGAGGCGAGGAGAUAGCCACUUACGAGGUCAGUGCCUCCGAGACCCGCUUCACCAUCUCAGACCUGCAGCCCAACACCACUUACCGGGUCGGAGUCGAGGUUUUGACCGCCGGGAGCGAUGGCCGCUGCCGAAACCUCGUCGCCUUUCGAACCCGCCCUGCAGAUUCCAAGAAGACGACUCUGACGCUCAGCUUCCUCCUUCUGGGUCUCGUCGGAGGGUCCUGGUUGCCGCCAGCGCCGUCCACAUUUGCAAAAAGAGCCUUUGCAGAAAUCAAAAUCCUGGGGGUGAAGGAAGUUCUGUGCCCGCCCUUGCCAGACCCGGCCGACACGGAAGCCGUCAAGAUCCUCGCCGGAUCGGAGCCAGGGCAGGUGUACCCACAGCGGAGCUUUGUGCAGCCCCUGGAAUCCAGCAGCCCCACGGAACGCCUCGUUCUCGAACCCAGGUCUCCGUCCAAAGAGGACCCGGCCGUUGGCACCGCAGCAGACUUUCCGGCCCUGGCCAACCCCGCCGAAGAGACCCUCUUGCCCAAGGAGGACCAGCCGGGCUCGGGGAGCCUCCUGCCCUCCGAGUACAAGAGCCAGGGGUUUCUGAGCCCCAUGGAGGACGAGCGGCAAGGCAGGGGGGCUGGACGACUGCAAUGAGGCGGGCACCGCCAGCACCCCCGAAAUGGUGCGGUCAGUGCCGCCAGGGGGCAAGAUGGCAAUAAGGGGGCAGAGGGAAGGGGCUGUUCUUCGUCGCUUCUCAUGCCCCCCAUGUCCAGGGGGGCAGGAAACGAGGGAAGCGCUUUGGGGAAGGUUUGCGCCCAGUGGGAAAGGAAGAGGCCGAGGCAAAGUGGUCGGAAUCGAGGAUUUUGAGUCAGUAAUAAACGCUGGAAAUGUAAAGAGAAAGAGGGAACAUUUUAUCACAUGUGGUGGGAAUGUAAAAAGGUGAAAUGCUUCUGGGAGAUGAUAUAGAA